AAUGGUGUGCAGCUAGACGAGCCUGUGCAGCCAUCUCAAAGAAGAGAGCUUGAUCAGUGCAGCAACAAUGAGGUGCCACUGAGCUUCCUGGUUGCUUUAAGACACCUGAGAAGCCACCUGAAGCCACUGCCUACCUCAUCUCUUCACAACAAGUGGACUUAAAGACUCGCCCAAAGGGGACUCAGAUAAAGGGGGCACUGACACUAGUGACGGUGUUCAAAAAGCCACAAGAAGUGAGGUCCGAACUGAUUUUCUGUGCCCAGUGGAUGUCUCCAAACUCCAGCCAUGGGAGAAUGGACCAUCCUAGAGCGCCUCCUGGAGGCUGCUGUGCAGCAGCACUCCACUAUGAUUGGAAGGAUCCUUCUCACCGUAGUGGUCAUCUUCCGCAUUCUGAUCGUGGCCAUUGUCGGGGAGACAGUGUACGAGGACGAGCAGACCAUGUUCAUCUGUAACACUCUGCAGCCGGGCUGCAAUCAGGCCUGCUAUGACAAAGCCUUCCCCAUUUCCCACAUCCGGUACUGGGUCUUCCAGAUCAUCCUGGUGUGCACGCCCAGCCUCUGCUUCAUCACCUACUCCGUGCACCAGUCGGCCAAGCAGAAAGACCGGCGCUACUCUUUUCUCUACCCCAUCAUGGAGAGGGACUAUGGGGGAAGGGACGGGGCGCGGAAGCUCCGCAACAUUAACGGGAUUCUAGUUCAACACGGCGGAGACGGUGGAGGGGGGAAGGAAGAACCGGACUGCCUGGAGGUGAAGGAGAUCCCAAAUGCCCCACGUGGCCUCACUCAUGGAAAGAGCUCUAAAGUGCGCCGACAAGAAGGGAUCUCGCGCUUCUACAUCAUCCAGGUGGUGUUCAGGAACGCCCUGGAGAUCGGUUUCCUUGCAGGCCAGUACUUCCUUUACGGCUUUAGCGUGCCCGGGAUCUUCGAAUGUGACCGCUACCCAUGUCUGAAGGAAGUGGAGUGUUACGUGUCUCGCCCCACGGAAAAAACAGUGUUCCUGGUGUUUAUGUUUGCAGUGAGUGGUAUCUGCGUAGUUCUCAACCUGGCCGAGCUCAACCAUCUGGGCUGGCGCAAGAUCAAGGCUGCCAUCAGGGGUGUUCAGGCCCGCAGGAAGUCGAUCUGUGAGAUCAGGAAGAAGGACAUGGCACAUCUGUCCCAGCCGCCCAAUUUGGGUCGCACACAGUCCAGUGAAUCGGCCUAUGUCUGAUGGAAAAAGAAGAGGAGUAGGGAUGAAUGUGCAAGAGAGAAUGAAUUUAUUAUGAAUUUUAUUUAAUAAAGAUGGUGAGGUCAAAGAGACGACCUUUCCUCUGUGCUGAUGGAAUGAAAGAGAAUGUAAAGACCAAAACUCUGGCUCGAAGACUUUAAGAGUCAUGAG